CUGCAACUCCAACAAACAGACCGCCGCACCGCACGUUGAAACGACCUCAACCCUCCGCCCACCACCGACCACUGCGAAUAGAGCAGCUUUUGUACAAUUGCCAAAACUAGGGAGCAAGAAAGCGAUCGCAUAAUAACAAAGUUUUUACAAAAAUGGCAUCAGGCUACGAUAGAGCUCUUUCGGUGUUCAGUCCCGAUGGCCACGUCUUCCAGGUAGAGUACGCGGGUGAAGCCGUCAAGCGAGGCACAUGUGCUGUCGGUGUUAAAGGUGCGGACAUCGUCGUGCUCGGAUGCGAAAAGAGGUCGGCAAUGAAGCUGCAAGACACGCGCAUCACCCCCUCCAAGAUCGGCCUCAUCGACACCCAUGUCUGCCUCGCGUUCGCUGGUCUCAACGCCGACGCCCGGAUUCUCGUCGACAAGGCCCGAUUAGAAGCCCAAUCGCACCGCCUCACCGUCGAGGACCCCGUCACGAUAGAGUACAUCACCAAGUAUGUCGCCGGCGUGCAACAACGCUACACCCAGAGUGGAGGUGUACGGCCGUUCGGUAUCAGCACCCUCGUUGUUGGGUUCGACAACGGCAGCAAGGUCCCAAGACUCUAUCAGACUGAACCUUCAGGCAUCUACUCGGCAUGGAAAGCAAACGCCAUCGGAAGGUCAAGCAAGACCGUGCGUGAGUUCCUUGAGCGGAAUUACAAGGAGGACAUGGACCGGGAGCAGACCAUUCGGCUCGCCAUCAAGUCGCUUCUGGAGGUUGUCCAGACAGGCGCCAAGAACAUCGAGAUUGCCAUCAUGGCACCUGGAAAAUCUAUCGAGAUGCUUCCGGUGGAGGACAUCGAGAACUACGUCAAGAACAUUGAGCAGGAGAAGCAGGAGGAGGCAGCAAAGAAGAAGACAGGACGUACGCCAGGCACAGGAAGCGCAGCUAUCUUGACGAGGGAGGCGGGUAGUUCUGAUGACCAGUAGAGCGAGCAAGUAUAUGCAUAUGGCACGAGACAUGACGAAGAGCAGGGCUAUAGAUCACAGCAACAGCUAAUGUAAGAUAUCUUGCGCGAUCAACUAGUCUGAUGCUAAGAUGCGGAUAUGCUUUCAUAUUGUGGUGGUUUUUUGUGGUAUUAUGAUUCCCAAGACGCCCAGUAAAUGCUUCAAUCCUGCAAUCCUGCGGGCAAAUGAUUCCCUCGUCAUAUUAACUUGCUAACCUAGCUUGUCUGCUUCGGUUUCUGGGUCGAAUAUCGUCCGCUGCUUCUCACCCUUGAUCCUGUCAUCGCCCGACUUCAACAUUCUGUUAUCUACCCGAGCAUCCUCAGCUUCGACUGUGAGGGCAGCCUUUGGUGUCAAGGCAUCGAGUACAAAAUGGUUGUCGCAGUGCGGGCAGUACUCAUCAGCCUCCUCAAACUCCUGGACAUCCUUGCGGAAGCACUUCUUGCACUUUUUGCAAGCAAAUGUCAUUUCGAGCGUCUUCCGAAGCUCGUGGGUCUCCUGUUCAUGAUGGCAAUCGGCGCAGUCGAACCAUUUACGGCCUCAUGGCGACCGUAUUGAGACUUGUGCAUUCAAUACGUGUUUGCACAUCCUGAUUUUUGAUGUGGCUGUGCGCAGAGUAGCCUGUUUAGUUAUGAAAUAAUUUAGGCUCGGGCUAUUCCUUUCACGACGCUGAGGAAGAUAAAAGUUGGCGACGGAUGUAUCUGAGAAGUUAUGAUAGACAGGUUGCUUCGGUGA